UCAAAAACUCCUCAAAACCAGUGCUACCCCUCUCUCUCUCUCUCUCUCUCCCUCUCUAUCUCUGUGAGCGGGGCGUCCUCCCCUCGCCGCCGACACCGCAACGGUCCGCCGGAGCGCCGCCGCGGGGUUGCCGGAUCCGGGCCUCGCUCCCCGCGCAUCCUCUCGCUCUCGUUGGCGAUUUCGGAUCUCUGCGCACCGCUCCGUCGCGGGACUCGCGAGCUCUCCCCGCGCCUCGUUCUCGACCUUCGGUUCCCUCGCUCUUGCCUGUUGGUCCGCUUCGUGGUCGCGUUCCCCUCGAGGCCUGUAAUCGGAGAGGUGUAGGUCCACAACAUGAUUGGAUCCUUUCUUACCAGAGGACUUGUAUUGGUCUUUGGCUAUGCCUAUCCAGCAUACGAGUGCUACAAGACGGUUGAAAAGAAUAAGCCGGAGAUCGAGCAACUGCGCUUUUGGUGCCAAUACUGGAUUUUAGUAGCUGUUUUGACGGUUGGCGAGAGAAUUGGCGAUACUUUCGUUUCAUGGGUUCCUAUGUACAGUGAAGCCAAGCUGGCGUUCUUUAUAUAUCUCUGGUAUCCUAAAACAAUGGGAACAACCUAUGUCUAUGAUUCGUUCUUCAGACCAUAUGUUGCAAAGCACGAGAGUGACAUUGAUCGCAACUUGUUAGAACUGAGGACUCGAGCUGGAGACUUUGCAGUUAUGUACUGGCAAAGAGCUGCAAGCUAUGGUCAGACGAGAGUUUUUGAGAUUUUGCAGUACGUAGCUUCUCAGUCGACACCAGUGCCACGCCCUGCCCAGCCACCACAGCAAGGUAAUAGAACUCGCCCGGCGAAUCGCCAACCUACUCCGAAAGUUCAGGUUGAGAAUGAGGAGCCGCCAUCCCCUACUUCAAGUACAUCAUCAAUGCAGGAGGCGAAGGAUGUGGCAGAAGUGGCAGGUCCUUCGAACGUGCCCAAAGCAGCUCCUCCUCCGUCAGCUCCUCCAGCUCCUCCAGCUCCUAAGACGGCCACUGUUUCAGAAGAUGCCACCCAAGUGGCGUCCAGCGAAGCCGCAGAUAAACAGAUUGAAGCUCAGCCAUCUACCUCGACCGAAAACGGCAAUCCUGCCCCGAAAGAAACCGUGAUGGAAGAGACACUCCGCCGGACACGCGGCAGAUUGAGGAAAGCCCGUUCUGCCCCAGCCAGAAAGGAAACGGAUUCGGAGACAUCUUGAUGUUGGCUUGCGAAAAGUAGAAUUUAGUUUGGUUGAUGGACCGUAACUGGUAUUGGAACCAAAUGAUGUUGAUAUAAAUUUGUUGUCCCAUGUCUCUCAUUCUUUAAAUUGCCUUUGUUUUUGGACAUCCCCCUCACCGAUAAAAAGUAAAGGGGACUUUGAUAUUUUCCA